AUGACCCAACCCCGCGAACCCGACACCGAUCCGACCCAAAAGAAGCCCGCCGGAGCCACCGCAAUGAGACUGAUAGUGCCACUCCAAGGCGUCGUCCAAGGCAGAGGUGGCCUUAUCCUCGGCUCUCUUAUCCCCUGUGCUCUCUUCUACUUCCUCCAGCUCUACCUAAAACGACACCGUCCCUCCAAACCCCCAUCCAGCCCUCCUUCCCCAUCCCACUCCUCCUCGAACAUCGCCGAGCUCCAGAGAACCUCGUCGCGGUCCAACUUGUCCAACCGUGGAUCCAUGGGGCGGGUACGGGUAUCCUCCCGGGCGAGUUGGAUUGCGAAGCCAAACGACUCCCCGUAUUAUAUAGGGUUGGAUAGGGUUUUGGAGGACCCGUACGAUAGGGUGGACAAUCCGAAUGGGGUUAUUCAGCUCGGGUUGUCCGAAAACAGGCUGUGUUUGGAUUUGAUUGAGAAAUGGAUUACGGAGAAUUUGACGCAAUCAAUUUUCGGAGAAGACGGUGGUGAUUUGAACAUAAGUGGGAUUGCGGCGUACCAGCCGUUCGAUGGAAUGACUGAGCUCAAAGUGGCUAUGGCAAGUUUCAUGUCUCAGGUUAUGCGAAAAUCAGUGUCAUUUGACCCAUCAAAAAUAGUGCUAACAUCUGGUGCAACCCCUGCAGUUGAGAUAUUAAGCUUCUGCUUAGCAGACCAUGGAAAUGCAUUUCUCGUUCCUACACCUUAUUAUCCUGGUUUUGACAGGGAUAUAAGAUGGCGGGCAGGAGUGGAGCUGAUUCCCGUUCACUGUCGCAGCACUGACAACUUCGCUUUAAAUAUAACUGUUCUUGAACAAGCAUACAAUCAGGCUAGAAAACGAGGAGUAAAAGUGCAGGGAGUUCUCAUUUCUAACCCUUCGAAUCCUGUUGGUAAUUUACUUUCACGGGAAACACUGUGCAGUCUUUUAGACUUUGCCCAAGAGAAGAACAUCCAUAUCAUUUCUGAUGAAAUAUUUGCUGGGUCUAUGUAUGGAAGUGAGGAGUUUGUAAGCAUGGCAGAAAUUAUUGACACCGAAGAUUUUGACAAGAACAGGGUUCACAUAAUAUAUGGGCUAUCAAAAGACCUAUCUAUUCCAGGGUUUAGGAUUGGGGUUUUAUAUUCAUAUAAUGAGAGUGUUUUGACUGCUGCUAAAAGGUUAACAAGAUUUUCUCCCAUUUCUUCUCUGACCCAGCGGCUUAUUAUUUCGAUGCUCUCGGAUGCAAGAUUCAUUCAGGAAUACCUAGAGAUCAACAAAAGGAGGAUACAAAGUAUAUAUGAAUUAUUUGUGGCUGGUUUGCAACAAUUAGGAAUCAAGUGUGCAAAGAGCAGCGCUGGCUUAUACUGUUGGGCUGAUAUGAGUGGAUUAAUUCGCUCUUAUGGUGAGAAAGGGGAACUCGAGUUAUGGGAUAAGCUGUUGAACAUUGCCAAGAUCAAUGUGACUCCUGGGUCAGCCUGCCACUGCAUAGAACCAGGAUGGUUCAGAUGUUGUUUUACUACUUUGACUCCAGAGGAUGUUCCUGUAGUUAUAGACCGAAUCCGAAAAGUUACUGAAACAAUUAAGUCGUCCGGUUAG